CUUUGACUUUGAAAUAAUAUUCUAGUACCUAUUUUACUUUUCACGACAAUAUAAUAUGAUAGGUUCUUUUUCGGAAUGGGCUGAUAUUAAUACCAGUAGAUCUAAUGUGGUAUCAGACAUUAGUUAUUAAGUUAAGGUAUAAGUGUGUUUUAGGAACGUAAAUAUAUCUAUUUGGCACUCGGUAUGAAUUCGGGAGAAACAUGGGAAAAUGGUUAUUCACAUUAUGUAUCGGAGGUCAUUGAUACGCCCACCAUUUCUCAAGCACAGAUCUUGCAAAAUAGUCAAUGAUAACACUGUGUGGAUAAGCUUACAAUGCAAUAGCACAACACGAAAGAACAUUGUAUUUAUGUGGCACUAUUUUAUUAAUAGCAACAAGGGUUAUUGUAAAUGAUCACG